AAGUUAGUCGGCUAAAGUGAUUAAAUGAAAAAGCUUGGAAGGAACGAAUGAAUUCCCAUCAUCUGAUGAACGACGAAUUUCCCAAAUUUACUUCCAAAUAUUUGACCAUCUAAAUGUACUUAUCCAGCUUUCUUCUGCACUCUGGAAAAUUUCCACGUAUUUCCCAAAUAAAUCCAUUCAUUCAUUCAAUUGCUCCUUUCCGGAGCACAGCUACGCAAGUAGCUUUAUAUUUUACAUAUAACCGUUGACAGUUUAUAUCCAAGUAAAGAGACUCUGCUCGUCUGAGUGGGGUUUUAGAGGGCGAGAAGUGAUUGAAUUAGAGCGGAGAAAAGAAAAAAUGGCAGAUAGAGGAGGGAAUAGGGGCAGGAUAAUAGGGGACUACGUGCUGGAGCAGCAGAUUGGAUCAGGCUCGUUUGCUGUCGUGUGGCGGUCGAGGCACAUACACGAUGGUUAUGAAGUUGCCAUCAAAGAAAUUGCCACUGACAAGCUCAGCAGCAAGCUGGAGCAAAAUCUAUUAUCAGAGAUUACUAUUCUCAAGCAAAUAAACCAUCCUAAUAUCAUCCGUCUACAUGACAUUGUCAAGGCCUCAGGCAGGAUUUAUAUUGUCUUGGAGUAUUGCACUGGUGGUGAUUUGGCGGCAUACAUCCAAUAUCAUAGAAGGUCUUCAGAAGCUGUUGCGAGACAUUUUAUGAGACAACUUGCUGCUGGCUUAAAGGUUCUUCAUGAAAACAACCUUAUACACAGAGAUUUGAAACCACAGAACCUUCUACUCUCAACAAGUGACAGGAAUGCAGUGCUGAAAAUUGCGGACUUUGGUUUUGCCAGAACCUUACAACCACAAGGAUUGGCAGAAACUCUUUGUGGUUCCCCUUUGUACAUGGCUCCAGAGAUCAUGCAAUUUCAAAAGUAUAAUGCAAAGGCAGAUCUAUGGAGUGUGGGUGCUAUUCUCUUUCAGCUCGUGACAGGGGUUCCACCAUAUUCUGGCAACAGUCAACUUCAGCUACUACAAAACAUUUUAAAAUCAAAUGAACUAUACUUCCCAUCUGAUAUUGUCGGAGGUCUCCAUCCGGAUUGCAUUGAAUUAUGUCGCAGACUAUUGAAUAAAAAUCCAGUUGAGCGAUUGUCAUUUGAGGAGUUCUUCCAUCACAGUUUUAUGGUUCAGGCGAGGUCUAUUGGUGGUCUUGAGAAUACCUUAACAGGGCCAGGAGAGGGUCCACAAGAUGAUUGCAUACCUUUCAAUUUGGCUGACAGACAUCAUCAAAGUUCAUUUUUUGCAUCCACAAAAAGCAUGUCCAUGAGCUCUAACUUAACUAGUUACACAGAUACUAAUGCACUUGGCAGAAAAACUGUUUCUGGGAAGAAUUCUUCAAAAGGUAAAGAAGUGUACUCUGAUAUUGCACACACUGGUACUAAUCUGGAAGCAUCUACUAGUAAUUACAAUUUUCAAAGGUCAUUUGAAAGUGAACUCAACCAAGAAUCAAUACUUAAAGUCUCUCAAGCAGCCAACAUAGGACAAGAACAUCGUAUAACUUCUUCAAAAGGAGUAGUUGAUUCCUUGGAAAGCAUUGAGCAGGAGUAUGUUCUUGUCAAUUCUCAUGGUACUUCGACAGAGACACUUUCUUCUUCACUGUGUGGUUCUGGGCUAGAUCAUUCACAAAGUAAAAUUGCUGCUUCUGUCCCAAAUAUUCAAAAGAGCAUAAGUUCACCAAUGCAAAUUGUUGGGGCACCUGUGUGUUCUGUAUCUGGUGUUGAAAGUCUUGGAAGUCAAACGUCAAUACCCUCAAGAACUUCUCAAGCCUCAAUUGAUGCAAAUGAUAUGUUGGACAGACCAUGCAGUCAUCCGCCAAGAAUGCUUCAAUCAUUGCAAAGGUGUGCUCAUUCGAUCAGUGACCUGGUAAAUGAGAAGCUUGAUGCAGGAAAUCAGAUAGAGGCAUUUUCACUUCAGUUGUUAUGCUUAGCAAUAUGGAAGAAAGCCCUACGUGUAAGCCAUAGUUGGGCUUCUUCAUUUGCAGGGAGAAGUUCUUCCCAGGACGGGCUUCCCAGUGAUGGUGGGGUUCACAAAACAGGAACUGUAAAUAGUGGAGACAUGCCUCGGGAAGUAGACUUUGUGGGUCCAGCUUCUGCUUGUUCACAAACAGAACGAGAGUUUGUUGUAGCUGUUGAGGUUGCUGAGCAACUUGCCAAGCAUCUGGGGCUAUUGGAUGGAAGUGCACAGAUGCCAGAUGCAAUGGAGAUUGUAUUCCAGGCAGCAUUAGCACUGGGAAGAAAAGGCGCUGUGUGUGAACUAUAUAAAGAUAGCAACAACGCUGCUGCAUUUUAUUUGAAGUCCACAACUUUAUUAUCCUUUAUUCUUGUUGAGGCCUCAUCUCUUGAACUGAAUCCAAAAUUUUCUUUGAGCGUUUCUGAUCAGAAACGACUUCAUCGAUAUAUCAAUUACCUGACAAUACAUCAACAUCAUUCUGAAAUGCAAAGGACACCCUUUUUACCCCCUGAAGACCAACAAAGUCUGUAAAUACUAAAUAGCUGUAAUGCACACCCUGAAGGUCAACAAAGUCUGUAAAUAUACUUUCUGAUGUAAAAAUUAAAUUGUUUAGAACUUAUCUAGUCUGGUUCUCAAUGCAUUUUGAAGUUUGAAACGAGGUGUAAAUUUGAAGCUGUAUGAUGAGAGAAUUUGGUGAGAGAAUAUAAAUGAUUUAGGGUGCUGAUUUGAUAAGUGGGAUUAAACAAGACUGGUAAUUCUUGUGUUCUGAGGCACGAGAAGAAGAUUGUAGCUCCCAAGUUCUUCAUAAAAAAAUAUUCCAAAAUGUAAAUAAUACCUUUUGUAAAUUAAUUCAUUGAUUCUUUACUUGUAAA